GCGAGAGUGUGUGUGUGUGAGUGUGUGUGAGAGAGAGUGUGUGUGUGUGAGUGUGUGUGUGUGUGAGAGAGAGAGAGAGUGUGUGUGUGUGUUCCUGUACUUCCCCUCUUUGUUCUACUUGCACACACACACACACACAUUUACAAGUUUCAUCUCCCUGCUGGGAACUCUCUCAACAUACACGUUUUAUACAGGUGCGGAUCGACAAACCAGCAUUACGAACACUUCACUCUGAAAAACAAUUGUGUAUAACCAACGAAACCCUUCCUGUGUACGCGUUAUCACUCCUUAGAAGAAGGAAAUUUGUCAGUUGUGUGGAUGUGAUAAAAAAAAGGGAGGAAAGAGAACAAAAGGAAAGGCAAAGGUGACGAACUAUUUGCAACUAUUGGCACUACUGCUUGCUUAUAUCUGUGAUAACGUAAAGAGCGCAAGAAGGAUACAGUGCGGUUCAUACGUACGCGCAGUGUUCAGUGUGACAACGCAUGUCCACACAGAUUAAGAAAAUUUCCUUCGAUUUGACGCUUAUCCUUGAACUGUGUUACCUCCUCGAGAUACUGACCUGCAAGGUGCGCUUCACAACCAAGACUGACAUGGAGGAUGAGCAUCAUCUUGUCGCCUACCGGGACGUCAAUGUCUCACCCACAAGGAACAGGACAGACGACUCCCGGAUGAAAAUGGAUUCUGACCUUCUUAGGAGUGUUUCACAAGAGGGAAAUAGCCUCAGAAGAGAUAUGAAUACUGGCCUGGGGCGACUCGAAGCCAUGGUGAUGCAAAUGAGGAAUGAUCUCAAAAAGCCAAUUGAUGAAGUCCAAGUACAGGUUCAGAGAAACCAGAUGGAAAUAAGAAGUUUCGAAGAAAAAAUGGAAAGGAGGUCGAAGCAGAUAGUGGAAAAGGACCAAAAAUUGAAGAACUAUGGGUUGGCAAACAUCCUUACGGCUGAGGAUCUGCGGCAAUGGGAACCGGCGGUUCAGAAGCGAGUGGAGACAGGGCUGGUCUACGCUACAAACCAACGCCAGGAAGGGUUCGCCUACGCUAAACUGACGCACUGGAACCAGAGGCUGUUUCUGUCUUGCAUACAGGAUGAGGAACCACCUUCUUCUGCAUACGCUAUUAAGCGCCAGAAUGUCACGGGGAGAAAUCCCAACCUGGUUUUCCUGGAUGUGGCUUCUGUAAUGUUUAAAACCAGGUUCCAAAUACGCCUGAAACGCAACAGCAAGCACGCCCUACAUUUUGCCUCCUUGUGUACUGGCGAACUUGGCUAUAACUUCAGAGAGGCUCAGGUUAUCUGGAGUAACGGAGUGAUAUCCUUUGAAGAGUCCAGUUUUACAAGGCUCAGCGACAGUAAACUGAAGGAGCUCGCCCACGAAGUGUUGGUCAGCGAGGCAGUGGCACGACCCGACGCUAUCGGAAUUGUCGUGGCACACUGCGACGAGAGAGACAACCUGCAGAGUUUCUCGCUGAGGGUGAAUGGGCGCCCCGACGCAAAUCCACGUGGUAAAGACUAUAUCAUUGGCUCUGUGGAGGAAGGGGGGAAUACAUGGUUAGGGAACAUCCAAGAGCAUGUAUUCAGCAGACUAAGUAUAGCCGACUGUGGGACGGUGUUGGAUCGUAUAGAGCCGGAGAAGUGGUAUCACUGGAUUACCUUAAAAACAGCUGGUAAAAUCAUAGUUAUAGGAAUACUUAUAGUUAUAGCAAUACUUAUAGAGCUGACAAGAAUAACAAGGAAGUAAGUUCUUUCAAGCUGUCUCAAAUUGAUUCAGUUAAUAUCACAGGUAGCGUAACACAUAUCAAGUAUCAAACUUACCAAAUUUUGAGGGCAGUAUCUGAAUAUUCCUGUUCCAAAUACAGAAUACAGUAGACAAAUAUAAGAAAUUUAAUCGCCCCUCUAUCUCUUUCUCACACGCACACGCACACAUGCUCGCGCGCGCGCGCUCACACACACACACGCGCACAUGUAUAUAUAUAUAUAU